UCAAAUGUCCUGAAACUGGCGGCUGGAUGUCAAAAGGCAGGAAAUGCUACAAAUGGGGACCAUCUCCCAAAGAUUUUAACGACGCCGCAGCUUACUGCAACAAACAUAACGCAAAAAUACAGUUAAUUGAAAGUCAAGAAGAAAAUGACUUUUUUAGAGAAAACUCGAGUAGUACAACUUACUGGCUGGGUCUAACUAACGUUUACAAGACGAGAAGAACCAAGUAUUUCACAAACUGGAAAGAAUCGAGAAGUCAGUAUUCAUUUUACAAUAACGACUACUGCGCCAGUUGGGGAUCUGAAACGGGAUAUUGGUAUCUAACAGAUUGUGACAACUUUCGUUUGUUUUUGUGUGAAAAAAUUGCAGAAUGCAUUCAGGGACGAUUUGGGCAAAACUGCGAAAAAACGUAUCAUUGUUACGGUGAACACAGCAGCGGCAGAGAUAACACGUGCAAAUAUGGCUGUCAUAAAGGAUGGAUGGGAAAAUCCUGUGAUAUUCUUAAAGUAAAAGUUACAGCCCUCUACUACUGCCUGAAAUCGAGUACACACGGACAUAUGUUAAUCAUCAGAGCAGACCAACGUGGUAUCGACUACCAACAGGUGUUAGCUGUAGACGAAAACGGCGACCCCGCGACGACCUGCAACAAGAGUACAUUCAGCAAGCAGGGCGACAAACUCCAAAUGACAAUCGGAAGAAACACGUCUGAUUCAGAAGACUUCCGGCCGGACUGUGGAGCACAACGUAUAUCAAAAAACGUCUUCAAAUGGAGAUUCCAAUUUAUCGAGUUUUCAGGAGCGCAGUCUAUUUAUGACAUCAUUUUUGAAAUGACAUGCGACUUUGAUAAAGCCGACAGUCUACAAAGAGGGGCGACAACAAAGAGCAAGAAAAAAAAGAUCAAGACCAAGUCACUGUCGAAGACACAGCUCCUAGUAGAACUAACGGUAAAAGAUCCGUACACUGGACUCCCGCUCAAGAAAGCCAAACUAAACCAAAACGCCAGACUCGUCUUAGAGCUGAAUACCACAGAUGAAGACAUGGCCGUCAAGAAAAUAUCUCCUUAUAGCUGCGUGGCGGGAACUGAAGAUGGCGUUCAUGCAGUGGUGUUCCUAGAUCACAAUGGAUGCACCAAUGAGGGCGCUCAGAUUAUUAUUUCCGAGGGUAACGGCAAAACCUAUUGGUCGAAACCAUUCCACACGUUCACCUUCCCGGGAUAUAGUCACGUGGUGUUCAGCUGUCAGUUUGAUGUAUGCUUCACCAAUGACGACAGACUUUGUAAUGACAGAUGUACAUUUUUGAAAGAAACGUCGAUGAGUGGACUUCAUAAACAGAUUUCGAUGAACUUCCCGUCUGGCUCCAACCACACGGCGACUAGGCUGGAACUGGUGUAAUCGAACUAUUUCAUUCUGUCUCAGAGUUCUGUGUCUGAACUCGACUAAAUUUGGUCGAGUAUUUCAGAGCAUGUGAUGUCAGUGCAACCAAUUAAUCUAGCGACUGUUAUCUAGCCCGUGGACUAAAUUUGGUCGAGUAUUUCAGAGCAUGUGAUGUCAGUGCAACCAAUUAAUCUAGCGACUGUUAUCUAGCCCGUGGACUAAAUUUGGUCGAGUAUUUCAGAGCAUGUGAUGUCAGUGCAACCAAUUAAUCUAGCGACUGUUAUCUAGCUCAUGGACUAAAUUUGGUCGAGUAUUUCAGAGCAUGUGAUGUCAGUGCAACCAAUUAAUCUAGCGACUGUUAUCUAGCCCAUGGACUAAAUUUGGUCGAGUAUUUCAGAGCAUGUGAUGUCAGUGCAACCAAUUAAUCUAGCGACUGUUAUCUAGCCCAUGGACUAAAUGUGGUCGAGUAUUUCAGAGCAUGUGAUGUCAGUGCAACCAAUUAAUCUAGCGACUGUUAUCUAGCCCAUGGACUAAAUGUGGUCGAGUAUUUCAGAGCAUGUGAUGUCAGUGCAACCAAUUAAUCUAGCGACUGUUAUCUAGCCCAUGGACUAAAUUUGGUCGAGUAUUUCAGAGCAUGUGAUGUCAGUGCAACCAAUUAAUCUAGCGACUGUUAUCUAGCCCAUGGACUAAAUUUGGUCGAGUAUUUCAGAGCAUGUGAUGUCAGUGCAACCAAUUAAUCUAGCGACUGUUAUCUAGCCCAUGGACUAAAUGUGGUCGAGUAUUUCAAAGCAUGUGAUGUCAGUGCAACCAAUUAAUCUAGCGACUGUUAUCUAGCCCAUGGACUAAAUUUGGUCGAGUAUUUCAGAGCAUGUUAUGUCAGUUAUCUAGCCCAUGGACUAAAUUUGGUCGAGUAUUUCAGAUCAUGUGAUGUCAGUGCAACCAAUUAAUCUAGCAACUUAUCUAGCCCAUGGACUAAAUUUGGUCGAGUAUUUCAGAGCAUGUGAUGUCAGUGCAACCAAUUAAUCUAGCGACUGUUAACUAGCCCAUGGACUAAAUUUGGUCGAGUAUCUCAG